AGGAUGUUAAUAUGUAUAUAAUCGUGUCUGGUUAAGCAAUGAAAGACAAACCUUCUUCUAUUCUUCUUUCUGUUUACACUGUGUUUUGUUUAUCAUGGCAUCGGAGCUAGGUUCAAACACAGAGAAUGGAGAGGGUGACAUAAAGAAAAUAGAGCCAUUGAAAAGGGUUGUCUCUCCUUAUGAGUUGAACUCGAAUGACAACCCAGGGAAUGUUAUCACGCAAGUUCGACUGCGAGGUGACAAAAAUUAUGAUGAAUGGGCACGGGCGAUGAAAACCUCCCUACGAGCUCGCCGCAAAUGGGGUUUCGUGGAGGGAACGAUUUUAGAACCGAAACCAGAAUACAUCGAGUAUGAGGAUUGGUGGACUGUGCAGUCCAUGCUUGUAUCAUGGAUUCGGAACACGAUCGAACCGGAACUGAGGUCUACAAUAUCGCAUAUGGAAGAUGCGAAAGACCUAUGGAAUGACAUCAAAGAACGAUUCUCGGUCCCGAAUGGACCGCGAAUACAUCAAAUAAAGACCGAGCUGAGCGAGUGCAAACAACAUGGAUUGACCAUAGCCGGGUACUUUGGAAAGUUGAAGGGGUUGUGGGAUGACUUGGCUAGCUAUGAACAGAUGCCUGUAUGUGAGUGUGGAGGAUGCAAAUGCAACAUCUCAACAAAACUUGAUAAGCGCAGGGAGGAGGAGAAGUUACAUCAAUUUUUAAUGGGGUUGGAUGAAAUCACGUACGGUACUGUGCGUUCAAAUAUCCUAGCGGCGGAACCACUCCCUAGUCUAAACAAAGCAUAUGGAAUUAUGAUACGCGAUGAGAAGGUUAAAUCUAUGGCACGAGUGAGUGAAGAACGAGGAGAACCGAUUGGGUUGCAUGUGCAGACAGGAAAUAAAUUUAAAGGAAAAGGAGAUAUAAUGGAGAGGAUUGUAACCUGCUCUAUUUGUAAAAGGACAGGGCAUGAAGCUUCGACUUGUUUUCAGGUAAUUGGGUACCCUGAUUGGUGGGGUGAUAAGCCAAGAGGAGAAGGAAAAAGUGGGGGACGAGGCAAAGCAACACAACGAGCAUAUGUCGGGCGUGGGAAAGGAGGCGGUGUUCGGGCUAAUGCUAUGCACACCUCUGUAAGUAAUGAUCAGGAAGUCAAUCCCGAGGUGGUGGAAAAAAAUAACAGGAUUACCGGACUGAACAAUGAACAAUGGCAGACUCUUUUGGCAGCUUUGAACGCAUGUAAAGGUGGAUUGAAUGAGACAAUGAUAGGUAAAGAUGAUACGUGGAUCAUUGAUACAGGGGCAUCCAAUCACAUGACGAGCAAUGUGAAUAUUUUGCACAAUGUGAGCAAUAUGACAGGGUGUCCUGUGGGGUUGCCAGACGAACGUAGUACCGUUGCAACUAAGAAGGGUCUAGUGAAUCUUGAUGAAAGAUUGAAAAUGCAUAAUGUGCUAUAUGUACCUGAGUUGAACUGCAAUUUAAUUUCUGUGUCACAAUUGAUUGAUGACUCUAAUUGUAUUGCUCAAUUUACUAAGGAUUUGUGUGUGAUACAGGACCGCACUUCGAGGAUGCUGAUUGGAGCGGGUGAACGGAGAAAUGGGCUCUAUUAUUUCCGAAAAAUACCGAGCAUAAGGGUAUCAAAAGUUGAUAGUGGAGGCUCAUUGGAGUUAUGGCAUAAACGUUUGGGGCAUCCUUCCCUAAAGGUUACAAAGAACACCUCAGCAAAAUGGAAGAGUUGAAAGGAAGCACCGGCACAUCCUGAAUGUUGCUCGUGCUUUACGAUUUCAAGCAAGUUUGCCCAUUGAUUUUUGGGGAGAAUGUGUGUUAACUGCUUGUUACUUGAUAAAUAGAACGCCAACUCCACUUUUGAACGGAAAGACUCCUUAUGAAGCUUUGUACGGAGAACCUCCACACUAUGAUCACUUGCGGGUGUUUGGUUCGUUGUGUUAUGCUCAUAACCAAAAAUCGAAGGGAGAUAA